GAAUGACGUCCUAGCUCAAAGGAACGCACAAGUGAUAGCGAUCUAAGGAUUGGAUAUGAGGUUCCCGUGUAGAGCCAAUCACAAUCAUUUGGAGGCGCGGUUAUCAAGCCAUACGGAAGUUACUGCGCAUUCCACGUUUUCGAAGUGAGCCAGCCCCAGUUAGGUCCAGUCAUUAUGUGGCCAGUGUUAUGGAUGUCCAUGCGUACCUACGCCCCCUACAUAACCUUCCCGGUGGCCUUCGUGGUGGGGGCGGUGGGGUACCACCUGGAGUGGUUCAUCAGGGGGGACACCACCCUUAAACCUGGGGAGGAGAAGAGCAUCGUGGAGCUGAGGGAGGAUAGGAAGCUGGAGGAGGGGGCAGGACGGGACAGCACCCAGGUCCUCAGUCUCAAAGAGAAGCUGGAGUUUACCCCCAGGGCAGCGUUGGACCGCAACCGACCCGAGAAGAGCUAACCGUGCCUGGGGUUUAGGCUGACUGGUGUCCAUCACUCCUAGUCCUGGAUCAAGGGGUGAAGGGAGUGGAAUGAUGGAUAUAAACCCUGGUUUCCUGAUGCUAUGUAAUGGCCAAUGAGAGGCGUUGAAGCCACUGGUCGGCCAUAUUGGUACUCCCCAGAAGAAGCAGUCCUCUAUAGGAGUGAAUUCUGCAGUAUUUCAAUGACAUUUUUCAAGGAGAAAAUUAAAUGUUUUAAAGUAUUUUGUUGUUGUAGUGGGGACAGUAACUUUAGAACUUUCCAAAAAAAUUAUACUUUAAGAAAAUUAUAUUAUUUUUUUAUUUUGUUUAGUUCACAUCAUUUGAGAGUGGAUUAAGGUGUCUGUAAUGGAAUACACGUGACGAAAACAAAGGGGAUCACAAUAAAGGCAUUUCUAUAGCAACCAAAAAUAUUUUCUACAAUGGUGGAGAAACAGUGCCCCCUGUCAGUCAUCUAGGGUGUGUGUAAAUCUAUCAUUGGUGUUGAAGGUGCUUACCAAAGGGGAUCGGAGUCAUCUUCUCCUCAACAUACACACUCCAGCCAAUCGUUGUCACUCGUAUGCCCAAAAGCACUGGCAUCAUACUGUACUUGAACAUCAUUGGCUUGGGCACCUGUGGUGGCACUGUUCUGUUUGAGACUGGAGGAUCAUGGGAAAUGGAGUCUUUUGUUUUAGGGUGCUGAAUAUCCACGAACCUCAUUAAUGAUUUAUGAUUCUCUCGCUGUCUCUCAUAUGUAUACACCCACACACAAAUAUAGGCUACUGGUUAUUCAAUUUUCAUACUUGUGAUCAUGUCCACCACAUAAACCAUUGGAGAAUGUUGGUCUGUAUUUUCAAAGUUUAGUAAAUAAGUUUAGUAUAUAAAUCCCUGGGCACUCAAUCUGAUGACUACCGCUGGGGUAACUCCUGAUAAGGCAUCGCUCUCUUCUGCUCCUCAGAUGCUGAUGAAAGAACAAAGAACCCUUAUUGUCUGCGUGUGCGUGAGAGACUUUCAAUGUGUCUUCAUAUUUUAAAAUAUCAUGAAAGAGAAGACCGCGUCAUAAAAUGACUGAAUUAAAUUUGAAUGAACCCGAGUGCCGAUGUAGAAUAACACAGAAGGGAUGAAGAAAGA